UCCUCCUGGCUCCCCCUCAAACCAAGUGAGCAGAGCAAAUGGCCCGGGUUUUCCCCCAAUGCCUGACCUGCGUUUACUGGGAGGAGAGCAGGAGAGGGAGCGCGCAUUCCGAGCAGGCUGCUCUGACUCCGACCACAGGCUGUUCCGUGCAGGCUGUCCCUCUCCUUCAAAACCGUGCAUCCCCUCCCCGAAGCAGCAGGCAGUGUGCCUCCAUUCAGCCACAUUUGGUAUGCAUGAGCACGGCUGCAGGGAGAGGGGAGGUGGCUUUCUUAAGAAGGUUCAGUGGCUCAGGCAACGCCACUUGACUAGUCUCCCAAGUUGCAGGAAGCCUCUGCCCUGAUGGAAUUUGCAGGUGUGGAGAUGACCAUGGGAUGCCAGGGCCGUGGGGGACCGUUUAUUUUCUAGGCGCUGCUCAGGUUUGCGGUUUCUGGUUUUCCUGGUGGAAUUUGGAAGGGGUCAUGAAUCAAACUGAUGCUCCUCGACCCCUAAAUUGGACCAUCCGGAAGCUGUGCCACGCAGCCUUUCUCCCAUCUGUCAGACUUCUUAAGGCUCAGAAGUCCUGGAUAGAAAGAGCAUUUUAUAAAAGAGAAUGUGUUCACAUCAUACCCAGCACCAAAGACCCCCAUAGGUGUUGCUGUGGACGUCUAAUAGGACAGCAUGUCGGUCUCACUCCCAGUAUCUCGGUUCUCCAGAAUGAGAAAAAUGAAAGUCGCCUCUCCCGAAACGACAUCCAGUCUGAGAAGUGGUCCAUCAGCAAGCACACUCAACUCAGCCCCACGGAUGCUUUUGGGACCAUUGAGUUCCAAGGAGGCGGCCAUUCCAACAAAGCCAUGUAUGUGCGAGUAUCUUUCGAUACAAAGCCUGAUCUUCUCCUACACCUGAUGACCAAGGAAUGGCAGCUGGAGCUUCCCAAGCUUCUCAUCUCCGUCCAUGGGGGCCUGCAGAAUUUUGAACUCCAGCCAAAACUCAAGCAAGUCUUUGGGAAAGGUCUCAUCAAAGCAGCCAUGACAACCGGAGCAUGGAUAUUCACUGGAGGGGUUAACACAGGUGUUAUUCGUCACGUUGGAGAUGCCUUGAAAGACCAUGCAUCUAAGUCUAGAGGGAAGAUAUGUACCAUUGGUAUCGCCCCUUGGGGAAUUGUGGAAAACCAGGAGGACCUGAUUGGAAGAGAUGUUGUCCGGCCAUAUCAGACCAUGUCCAAUCCCAUGAGCAAGCUCACGGUCCUCAACAGCAUGCAUUCCCACUUCAUUCUGGCUGACAAUGGGACCACUGGAAAAUAUGGAGCAGAGGUGAAACUUAGGAGACAACUGGAAAAGCACAUUUCACUCCAGAAGAUAAACACAAGAAUCGGUCAAGGUGUUCCGGUGGUGGCGCUCAUCGUGGAAGGAGGACCCAACGUGAUCUCAAUUGUCCUGGAGUACCUUAGAGACACCCCUCCCGUGCCGGUCGUUGUCUGUGAUGGGAGUGGACGAGCAUCCGACAUCCUGGCAUUUGGGCAUAAAUAUUCUGAAGAAGGCGGACUGAUAAAUGAGUCUUUGAGGGACCAGCUGUUGGUGACCAUCCAGAAGACGUUCACGUACACUCGAACCCAAGCCCAGCAUCUGUUCAUCAUCCUCAUGGAGUGCAUGAAGAAAAAGGAACUGAUUACAGUAUUUCGGAUGGGAUCAGAAGGACACCAGGACAUUGAUUUAGCCAUCCUGACAGCUUUACUCAAAGGAGCCAAUGCCUCAGCACCAGACCAACUGAGCUUAGCUUUAGCCUGGAACAGAGUCGACAUCGCUCGCAGCCAGAUCUUUAUUUAUGGGCAACAGUGGCCGGUGGGGUCUUUGGAGCAAGCCAUGUUGGAUGCCCUAGUUCUGGACAGAGUGGAUUUUGUGAAAUUACUCAUAGAGAAUGGAGUAAGCAUGCACCGUUUUCUCACCAUCUCCAGGCUAGAGGAACUGUACAAUACGAGACAUGGGCCCUCAAACACAUUGUACCACUUGGUCAGGGAUGUCAAAAAGGGGAACCUGCCCCCAGACUACAGAAUCAGCCUGAUCGACAUCGGCCUGGUGAUUGAGUACCUGAUGGGCGGGGCUUAUCGCUGCAACUACACACGCAAGCGCUUCCGGACGCUCUACCACAAUCUCUUUGGCCCCAAGAGGCCCAAAGCCUUGAAACUGCUAGGAAUGGAGGAUGAUGUUCCCUUGAGGCGAGGAAGGAAGACAACCAAGAAGCGUGAAGAAGAGGUGGACAUUGACUUGGAUGACCCAGAGAUCAACCACUUCCCUUUCCCUUUCCAUGAGCUGAUGGUGUGGGCUGUCCUGAUGAAACGGCAGAAGAUGGCCCUCUUCUUCUGGCAGCAUGGCGAGGAGGCCAUGGCCAAGGCCCUGGUGGCCUGCAAGCUCUGCAAAGCCAUGGCUCAUGAGGCUUCCGAAAAUGACAUGGUCGAUGACAUCUCCCAGGAGCUGAACCACAACUCCAGGGACUUUGGCCAGCUGGCCGUGGAGCUUCUGGACCAGUCCUACAAGCAGGAUGAGCAGCUGGCCAUGAAACUGCUGACAUAUGAACUGAAGAACUGGAGCAAUGCCACAUGCCUGCAGCUCGCAGUGGCCGCCAAGCACCGCGAUUUCAUCGCGCACACGUGCAGCCAGAUGUUGCUCACAGACAUGUGGAUGGGGCGGCUCCGGAUGCGCAAGAACUCAGGCCUCAAGGUAAUUCUGGGAAUUCUACUUCCUCCUUCAAUUCUCAGCUUGGAGUUCAAGAACAAAGACGAUAUGCCCUAUAUGACUCAGGCCCAGGAAAUCCACCUCCAAGAGAAGGAGCAGGAAGAACCAGAAAAGCCCACAAAGGAAAAAGACGAGGAGGACAUGGAACUGACAGCAAUGUUGGGACGAAGCAACGGGGAGUCCUCCAGAAAGAAGGAUGAAGAGGAGGUUCAGAGCAGGCACCGGUUAAUCCCCCUGGGCAGAAAAAUCUAUGAAUUCUACAAUGCACCCAUUGUGAAGUUCUGGUUCUACACUCUGGCGUACAUCGGCUACUUGAUGCUCUUCAACUAUAUCGUGUUAGUGAAGAUGGAGCGCUGGCCUUCUACCCAGGAAUGGAUCGUCAUUUCCUAUAUUUUCACCCUGGGAAUAGAAAAGAUGAGAGAGAUUCUGAUGUCAGAGCCAGGGAAGUUGCUACAAAAAGUGAAGGUGUGGCUUCAGGAGUACUGGAAUGUCACAGACCUCAUAGCCAUCCUUCUGUUCUCUGUUGGAAUGAUCCUUCGUCUCCAAGACCAGCCCUUCAGGAGUGAUGGGAGAGUCAUCUACUGUGUGAAUAUCAUUUAUUGGUACAUUCGUCUGUUAGACAUCUUCGGCGUGAACAAGUAUUUGGGCCCAUAUGUAAUGAUGAUUGGAAAAAUGAUGAUAGACAUGAUGUACUUUGUGAUCAUUAUGCUGGUGGUGCUGAUGAGUUUUGGGGUCGCCAGGCAAGCCAUUCUCUUUCCCAAUGAGGAGCCAUCAUGGAAAUUGGCCAAGAACAUCUUCUACAUGCCCUAUUGGAUGAUUUAUGGGGAGGUGUUUGCGGACCAGAUAGACCCUCCCUGUGGACAGAAUGAGACUCGAGAGGAUGGUAAAAUAAUCCAACUGCCUCCGUGCAAGACAGGAGCCUGGAUCGUGCCGGCCAUCAUGGCCUGCUACCUUCUAGUGGCAAACAUCUUGCUGGUCAACCUCCUCAUCGCUGUCUUUAACAAUACAUUUUUUGAGGUAAAAUCAAUAUCCAACCAAGUGUGGAAAUUUCAGAGGUAUCAGCUCAUCAUGACUUUCCACGAAAGGCCCGUUCUGCCCCCACCUCUGAUCAUAUUCAGCCACAUGACCAUGAUAUUCCAGCACCUGUGUUGCCGAUGGAGGAAACACGAGAGUGACCCAGAUGAAAGGGACUACGGCCUGAAGCUCUUCAUAACUGAUGAUGAGCUCAAGAAAGUACAUGAUUUUGAAGAGCAGUGCAUAGAGGAAUAUUUCAGAGAAAAGGAUGAUCGAUUCAACUCGUCCAAUGAUGAGCGGAUACGGGUGACUUCAGAAAGGGUAGAGAACAUGUCCAUGCGGCUGGAAGAAGUGAAUGAGAGGGAGCACUGCAUGAAGGCCUCACUCCAGACCGUGGACAUCCGGCUGGCACAGCUUGAGGACCUCAUCGGGCGCAUGGCCACGGCCCUGGAGCGCCUGACGGGUCUGGAGCGGGCCGAGUCCAACAAAAUCCGCUCGCGGACCUCCUCAGACUGCACAGACGCAGCCUACAUUGUCCGCCAGAGCAGCUUCAACAGCCAGGAGGGGAACACCUUCAAGCUCCAAGAGAGUAUAGACCCUGCAGGUGAGGAGACCUUGUCCCCAACUUCUCCAACCCUAAUGCCCCGUAUGCGAAGCCAUUCUUUCUAUUCAGUCAAUGUGAAAGACAAAGGUGGUAUAGAAAAGCUGGAGAGUCUUUUUAAAGAAAGGUCCCUGAGCCUACACCGGGCUACUAGUUCCCACUCUGUAGCAAAAGAAUCCAGAGCUCCCACUGCCCCUACAAACACUUUGGCCGUUGUUCCUGAUUCCAGAAGACCAUCUUCGUGUAUAGACAUCUAUGUGUCUGCCAUGGAUGAGCUCCACUGUGAUAUAGACCCUCUGGACAAUUCCAUGAACAUCCUUGGGCUGGGAGAGCCAAGCUUUUCAGCUCCAGCACCUUCCACAGCUCCUUCAAGUAGUGCCUAUGCAACUCUUGCACCCACAGACAGACCUCCAAGCCGGAGCAUUGAUUUCGAGGACGUCACCUCCAUGGACACUAGAUCUUUUUCUUCAGACUAUACCCACCUCCCAGAAUGCCAGAACCCCUGGGACACUGACCCUCCAAUGUACCACACCAUCGAGCGUUCCAAAAGUAGCCGCUACCUAGCCACCACACCCUUUCUUCUUGAAGAGGCACCCAUAGUCAAAUCUCAUAGCUUUAUGUUUUCUCCUUCAAGGAGCUACUACACCAACUUUGGGGUGCCCAUGAAAACAGCAGAAUACACAAGCAUUACAGAUUGCAUUGACACGCGGUGUGUCAAUGCCCCUCAAGUGAUUGCAGACAGAGCCACCUUCCCUGGGGGUCUUGGAGGGAAAGUGGAGGACUCCUCUUGCUGCCAUCCUGAGCGAGAGGCGGAACUGAGUCACCCCAGCUCUGACAGUGAGGAGAAUGAGGCCAAGGGCCGGAGAGCCACCAUCGCAACACCCUCCCAGGAGGGUGAUAAUUCAGAGAGAACCCUGUCCAACAACAUCACAAUUCCCAAGAUAGAGCGCGCCAACAGCUACUCAGCAGAGGAGCCAAGUGUGCCAUAUGCACACACCAGGAAGAGCUUCUCCAUCAGUGACAAACUCGACAGGCAGCGGAACACAGCAAGCCUGAGAAAUCCCUUCCAGAGGAGUAAGUCCUCCAAGCCGGAGGGCCGAGGGGACAGCCUGUCCAUGAGGAGACUCUCCAGAAUGUCCGCUUUCCACAGUUUUGAAAGCAAGCACAACUAAACCUUCUAAUAAGCUUUGCAGAAGGCUCGAAAAUCCAGCUCUAAAAUUCUUUCCCAAAUUCAUCUGUUCCCUAUCCUUGAAACUUACCUACUUUAUCCUUAGUGAGCAAAACAAGUAAUGCCUUGGGAGGUAUUAACUCAAAGGUGACUUCUGGGCUACAGAUCAAGAAAGCAUUUGAUCUGGCCCAGUGCCAAACACAGGGGAUUUAAGUCAUGUUCACCCUUGAUGGGUAGGGAAGGGAAAGUGGGAGAUGAAGGGUGGAGCUGAAUGUGUAUCACUAGUCACUUCAGAAAGCCAUGAGCUCUGGGAAUGAAUGGGGCUUCAAGCAUUCUCCGUGCCAGGAGGCAACUUCCUGUUUCUGACCGUUAUCAAGAGCUUUAGGAUGCAGGGCUAAAUUGCAAAAUAAAAUAAGAAGUCCCCCGCAUACAAAUGAGAUAUUCUAAACUUCAAUUCUGUUUUCUUUUCACAUUGGCUCCAUCACUGAUGACUGAUGAAGAGCAUCCUUUUUAUUCAGUAUAAGCCGGCAGCAAGCAGUUCUACCUAACGUCCCACAUCCUUCUCAUGCCAACACUUCUGUAAUUGAUCAUUAUAAAGAAAAAAACAAGGUAACAGUCAUAGUUCACCUGUCUCUUAUAUAUUCAUUUCUGGUGCCACAACUUUUAUCUUUUUUGAAGAAAAUAAAGGGAAAAGAAAUGCCUUUUCGUAUUGCAGUCAAAAUGAAGGAAGAGUUGAUGUUAAAAACAAAUGUCAAGUAGUUUAUUAUAUACAGUGGGCAUUCAAGUAUAGUCGAGCAAGCUCAGGAUGAAUGUAAUUAAAUAAUUUUAUAUUUUUUAAUUUAUUUUUUAUCUCACCUAUCAUCAAUGAAGUCACUCACUGAAUAUGUAAUAGUGAAUUUUAAAAAAAGAAAAAAGAACAGUAGGCAGAACUCACCUAAAACUGCCAUGUGGGAGACUGUUAGAGCCUCACCAUCCAUGUCAUGCGUUAUGCUGCUGUCUGACCUUCAUCGUGUGUGUGAGUCCACCACGUCUUCUGAACAUCUCCGGGAUGUAACUGCCAAUCUUUCACACCAUUCAUCACAUGACCAUUUUCUAUGUGAAUAUCUGGUUACAUGUAGAUAUUUUCGUAUCUAGAGUUCUGACAUUUAAUCUGAGUUUAGCAUCAAUUUAAUUGGAGUUUUUCAAGGGCUGGUGUCUUUUUUAUGGAAAUGUUCCUGAGCACUUUCUAAGGAAGUUUCAAAACCAUAAAUAACCUUAGAAUUGACUGGGAGUUUGGUAUCAACCCAAAGCCAUCAGUUACAGGCAUACCAUGAAUAUUUUUCUUAUAUACAGAGCUAUAAAAAAGAUACAGUAGGCUAAAAUAAGAAGCAAAUAAACAUAUAAAGAGUUCUUUAGUAUAUGCUGCUUAUAUACAUAUAUAAUCAUUUACACAGAGAGACAUGUUAAUAUAUAGUAUAUAAACAGACAUAUAGAGCUUUCUUAAAAGGCUUGGACUUUUCUAUCACCUUGAGAUAUAACCAGGAUUUUUUAAUAUCCAAGGAGUUUCAUUGAAAGAGUUCAUUAUAUUAAAUUCUGACAGAUGCUGAAAUUAUUAUUUUUUGAAUCCCUAUGACCUUAGCUUUUCCUUGUACCAAACCAGAGUUGCCAACAUGACUCCCUACCUGCCCUCUGUCCCUUUUAUGUCCGGGAGCACUUGCUAUCUCUUUUAGCCUGGUUUCUCCUGCACAAAGCAAUUAUGCCAAGUACAAUCAGAAUAGACACGUGAUUCUGAACCAGAUAGUAUUGUGGACUCUAGAAUAUAGGCAUAUAUUUCUAGCUCAGAGUAUGGAUUUAAAGUUGGAUUAAAAAAAAUCUUAAUCCUUGGAUUCCUAUUUGGAUCACUGCUUUAAAAGAGAAUAGAAGUCUUUAAGGUAAAAGACUUAAUGUUCCUGGCCCCAAAUACUACCUGAUUAUUUUGUUUAGCUGUAGUUGUGAACUCCAAAUUUUCUCAUUAUAUGAAAUCAAUGAAAUACAUGGACAAAAUCUCUAGCCUUUAAAUAUUUAAAACAAAAAGCAAAAACCCUCUGAACGAGCUUUUCAGGUGUAGAAAUAAUGAUAUGGCCAUAUAUAAAGAAUUAAAGAAUUCCUUUUCCACUCCUUGGGUUUAAGUGAAUAAGAAACAAGCCACCAGAGUCCCUCAUCUAUAACUGCUCUAGAAACACUUUUAUUUUUAUUGGACCCUAUAUUGGCUGUUUCUCCCUCAGCAAAUAUGCAUUUGGUCUGAGACUAAAUCAGUUACCCUUAAACUUGAGUCAUGAAUCUCUAUGAGGAUCUAAUGAAAGCUCUGGGCCCUUGCCCCAGAAAAAAAAUAUACAUACAUGCAAAGUUGCAAUAAACCUUAAAGGGUUCAUGCAUCCCUGGUUUCAUGUUGAUUGAUAAUGAGGAGGAGGAACCAUGUUUGUUCAUAAUCAAUGCAGUUGUAAUAGGCACUUUACAUUUCGAGACCAUUUCUCUGUGACUCAGGAAGGCCAAGUCUCAGCACCAGAGUUUGAAGCAGGAUUUUGUGACUUUUGUUCCUUACGUUAGCUUUUGCUAGUUUGACGUACUUACGUACUAACAUUUGAUGAUAUUAAGUACAGAGCACACUUAAAAAGCCAGAAGGCUCUCUCAGUCUGAAGAGGAAUCCAAGAAGUAGGUGAAAUCGUUAUUCUUUGACCACAGAGCAGGAUGUGACAGCACCUCCAGGGCCAGAUUGAAAGUAGGGGAAAGAAAUUGUGAGCAUGAGCUUUUCUAUUUAUCGUGAUUUCUAGAGAGAACAGAAUAGCACCUGGGAAAUGAAGUAUUAGCAGUCCUGACCUGACUACUGGUCCUUUUGUUGUGCAUGAAAAUGAAGUUCUUCAUCUUUUGUGAACUGUGUGAAAUAUACAAGCCAAGUUUAAGUGACUUUAAACACACACUGUGUAACUUUUAUGAGCCAUUUCCCUCCUGUGCACUUCCAUGUGUGUUGUUUCCAUCCAUUUCUUUCCAUCUCUGGGUGUUCUGCACACCAGUGGCCUUGUACAGUUAGCUUGUGUCCAGCUCAUUUAUUUCACCAUGUCCCUGAUCGAGGGGAUGUUAAUUACCUGUCUCUGUGAAUUUAGCAGCUCAUGAGCAGCAAGUUAUUGAGGAACAUAAAUAAAGUCAUAGAGAGCCCAUGGAAGUAAUAGCUUUGGUUUAAUCAUCUGCUUCUAAGGUGCCAGUUUUUAUAUACUACCAUAUGUAAUGAUUUAUUCUAAAUUUCUCAGUCCUUUUGGGAAAAAAAAUAUAAGGAUAUUUAAUGAAAAUGACCAUGGAAAUUCCUGAUUAACCAACAUAUGUUCUAUUUAUGCUGAGAAACUCCCUCCUUGAUGGAUUUGAAUGGAGCUGGAAAGCUUGGGUAUAAUUGUCAUGGCUAGUUUGUGUAUUUCUCCAAGUCAGAAGGUGUAUUAGGGGUCAGAAUGCAGCACUUUACAGAACUGAAUUUUUUUUUAAGUCUAAGCUUCCAGGUCUAGGAUAUUAUUUAGCACUCGGUAAGUUCCCCCUUUUAAAAAAAAAAAAAAUAUAUAUAUAUAUAUAUAUCAGAAUGAUUAAAUGAGAAAAAUGUACUUGCAAAAACACAAAAUGUGUUUUCUUCUGAAUGUUUCAAAUGCAUUCUAAAAGACAGUUUCUAUAGAUAAAUUAUGGUAGAUAACUGGAUAGUGCAUUCAUCCCACUUUCUGAGGCUGUGCGGUCUAAUCCUCCUGAACGUUUGGGCUGUUUAACUUCUAUAGUGAUAAUAACUAUUAUCCAGUCAUCCAUCAUGCUGUGUCUGUAGGCUAUACCAAUGUGUUGGGUGAUGCUGUAUUAUAAAACACCUAUAAACAUAUAUGUAACCCGUGUUUAACUCAGCAUAGCUGUAGCAUGUGGUUAUAUUAAUGAACGUUACAGGACAGCUUUAUAAUCAUUUAAGAAUCUGUAACAUUCAAUAAAGAAGCACAUGUUGCAAGGAUUAAUUAUGUUCCCAAUUCCAUGUUAUUUAGCAUCCUCGUGAAAUGGGCACUUUUGUUCCUGACCUGCUUUGUGUUUUUCACAUUCCCGUAGACGACUGUAAAAUAUUUGUAUAAGCUGAUGUGCAUUCUCUUACCAGCCCAGCCAGCUGUGGUAGGCAAGUUGUGAUUUUUGUGAAAGACAAACUGGCAUGUGAUGCAAAAGACUAUAUGACAAAUGAACUGAAAAUAAUAUUUUAAGCUCCAGUUGAAUUAGCUGUUUGUUUACAUCUGCUAACCCAGUGUGGAAGCAGUGUACAGUAUUUUAUAAAUAUGUUCAUGUAGUAACACUAAAAUGUUUGUUUCUAGAUAAAGUGAUACUAGUGUGUAGGUGGUUAUAUACUUGUUCUAGAUAUUGCAUUAUAACUCACUAUUCUUUAACAAUAGCAAUGUGACUUAAAUGAAGUAAUCCCUCUCCAAAUCCAGUCUUAAUUUUGUGGCAACAAAAUGCAUGCACUGCUUUAUGCAUUUCUUUUGACUUCUGAAAGGCACUUAACAUUUUACUAUUGCCUGCUGUGACCCUUAAACCCGUUAGGAACUCACUCAGAUUGUUGGGCUUCUUACACUGUUUGAGGAUUAUGUCCAAUUUUUUAAAAUUAAAAACAAAAAAGUAACGAGGGCUUUUUUAUUAUCUUUUUUAAAGCUCUGAACAAGUAAUAUGGAAUAAAGUAUUAACUACAAGACAUAUAGCUAUGUGACCCAGAGAGAGUUAGCCAGCACUGCUUGGGUUUACUAAGGUCUAGGUGUUGGUGCAUCUGUGGUACAUGAAAGACACGUUUCUGAUUCUUUAGGGCCAUUGGAUACAAUUUGCUAAACCAGAGAUGAGAAUCAGAGGUCCAUUCGUGACAGUGUAAAAAUCCACAGAUCAUUCUGAAUGAAUCCAAUGAUGCAACACAUGAUCACCCUCCUACCAGGUGGCUUUUCUCACCUUGUGUGUGAGCCUGGCCUGGGGGAGGGCAAGAGGCGGGUGACUGGGUGUCUGAUCGAGCACUGGGUGACUCUGAGGAGUUUGCCCUUUAAAGAAAUCACCGUUUCGUUGUUAGAAGCUAUUCAACAUCUGGAAAAGAGAGGAUCCCAUUUGCACAGUCUGAUAAAUGACUGCUUUUCAAUUAAGUAGAGGAAACUCUUCUCUCAGCCUGCACUGGCCAAGCUUUCUCUUCUUUUUAUAAGUCAAACAUUCUCUUUCUCAGAUUGGAGUCAACCAAAGGAGGGGUUGGCUCUGAUUUAAGGAAAACAAGAUUUUUUUUUCUUUUCCUUUCUUUUUAAAUUCAGUUGAGAAGGUAUUUGUGUUACCUUUCUCUGAUGAAUUCCUUGCGUGGAUCACUGCUAAUGAAAUCAAGAUAGGACAGUUUCUACAUGUCGUCUAAGAAAGGAUUUUGGUGGCCAAGUAAUCCAGAUGGCAGCAAGAGUGAGCUGAAUUUUCCCUAUCCUAACUUAUUCUAUGGUCCCAUUAAACCUUCAGGCCAUUGCCUGUUUGCACAAUGUUUGUGUGCUGGGAGAUGAAAAGGAUAUAGGCCUUCCUCUGGAGCAGGCAGAUUGCUGAGAGAGGUGGGACAAGGAGGGAAGUUCAGCCUUGUCCCUGGAUGUGCAGCCUUCUUUACUCCCUUAACCUUCUUCCUUACUCUUAGCCCAGCACAAGAUGGUUUUUUUUGCCAGACCAGUUGACUCUUGCUCCCAUCACCUUGAUACCCUAUGGACCCUGGCACAGUCAGCUGAAACACUGGCUCUUUGGAGAAAGUCAAACUUGCAGACUUUAUCCAGCCCUGCUCAUCCCGCUCACUUAGCUUCCUCCCUCCUCCUCUACCCCAUGUUCCCAGCUGGACUGGUGUUGGCAUCGGCUUCAUCAGUGCUUUGCCUGAGUCCCAAGAGAGUCCCUCACAUCUUCCCCCCAACUUCCCACAUACCAUCAGCACCAGGAAUCAGCAUCUAGAUUGUGGGGUUGUAAACUCAGAUAUGUGGAGGGGCUGGAUCCAGAACACAAAUGUGCUAGAUGGACCCAUGUGAGACAAACGGGAGGAAGUAGGGUUUACAGGGCAUGAGGGAACUCGUGUCCUACUACAGAGACAUUCACGUUCAGAUCUGCAAACACUGUGCUAGCCAAACAACUGUGUCUGCCAGCAGCUUUUGGUCCCAGAGACAGUAGUUUGGGACCUCUGAAUUGAAGCCAACCGGGAUCAUAUACCUGAUUCCAACUUAGGGAGUGUCUCUGUGAAAUACACCAAGAAUUGAAGUGGGAGGGAAAGGAACUCACCCUAUUCAGGGUUAUUUCUGUUCUCCCAAGUAAUCUGUGUAUGUAUCCUUGCUAGCUGCAUCAUUCUGGCCCUAAAAGUGGGAUCUUCGUGAGGGAGAUUCAGAAGAAGAGUACCGUAGCAUUGUAUCAAGGCUUACCUGCUUCCUGUCACUGCAGCGUCUGACCUGAGUUUAUAUUGCUGCUCUUGCUGUGCAAAACAGUACAUGCAGUAGACUGUCCUCAUAGUCGUUUCGUAAUACAGAACUUAGACUCUCAUUUGUAAGCAUUCUAACCAUAGUUUAUAAUGGGGAAAAUUAUUCAGAUAUCAUUUUUAAAUGAAUUCCUAUAAAUAAAACAAUUUUGCAAUUGGGUUUCUUAAAGAUAUAUACAUCUUUUCCUUCUUUGUGUAUAGACAGACAGCAGUUUGCAUAUCAAUCGACAUUAUAAAUACAUAAAAAUCCUUAGAGGAAUUGUUCUUUUUUAAAGGUCUAUUACUGGAUUCACAAUGCACUUUGAGCUUGUUUGUUUAGAUAUAUAAUUCGAAGCAGAAGUUGGCAGAUACCACGGGAAAAACUUUCUGAAAUUUCUGUAACAAAUGUUUUGCAAUAAAAAAAAAAAACCUCAGUAGUUCAAAA